AUGAGUCUCGUUGCUGAGGAUCCAGCUCCCUCAAUGGCUCGGAAGCGUUCGGCGCCCUCCGACGAGGGUAAAGAUGCUCGUAAAGCCUCAUUGGCGUGUCUCACAUGCCGAAAGAAGAAAGUUCGAUGUUCGGGGACUACGCCCUGCCAAUACUGCACCAAACGCGGCUUGGAUUGCAGGGUUCCUGAGCAUGGACAUAAACGCAUGUAUAUGGCCAAUCGUAUUGAAGAGCUUGAAAGUAAGUUGGCUAGGUAUGAAAAAGACGGAUACGAUGGCCUACCUUCUACUUUACCCCCUAAGGCAUCUGAAAACCCAAUCUCAGGUGCAACACAAAUUGGCCAACCGAGAGAAUCUAAUAUCCACCCACUAUCCUCUCAGUCCUCUCCACAAGCAGACCUCUCCUACCAGAACAGAUCAAGAUCCCCUAGCUUCAUCCGCCCAUCUACAAGCUUCUCCGCACCUUUGACUCAACCCAAAUACCCGCCUUAUGAUGGCACUCAGGCAUCACCAGCUGCAACUAUCCUCGCUGGAUCUUCACUCAGCUCUAGUCACACCUUCGGAUCUCGUGUCCAGGACUUGCUCGGCUCAUCACGUCCAGAGUCAGAGCAGACCUCAAAGCCUUGGAUAAGCCCUGAGGCAAACAACGAUUUAAUCAGCAACCCAUGGCGACUUUCUAGCAGCGACUUUCCCAAGCUGCCACCAAGAAAUGAGGCUCAGCGACUUUUAGAUACUGCACUAUUCUAUAUCGGCCAAUCACAACAUCACAUCGAUGCUCGUGAGUUCUCUGACAAGAUGUGGGCCUUUUACCAGAACCGUGAUGACCCUGCUCAGAUGGAGUCAUUAUGGGUUCUCGAGAUGAUUUUGAUGAUUGCCAUCGGAACCCUGUUUGACGCCAAUCCUGUGGGAAAUGAUGAAUUCUCAGGUGUGGCCCUAUUCGAUUACGCCCACAGAAACUUACCGACCUUGUCCGAUCUACGGUUCAACGGAAAGCUUGGUAUUGAGAUAUAUGCUCUCUUCGCCAUUUACCUCGGCAACAUGAACCGUAAGGAAGAGGCCUAUCUCUACAUUAGCACCGCUAUGCGGUUGGCAAUCUCACAAAAGUAUCACAGAGUCUGCGGAACAAGACACUUGAUGCAGUCAGAGAGGGUUCACAUGAAUCGUCUUUGGUGGACCAUCUACAUGCAAGAAAGACGAUAUGCUGCAGCAACAGGAAACCCUCCGAGUAUAGGCGAUGAGGCAAUCAAUAUUCCCAUGCCCACUGAUUCUCCCGGUUUCCCGCCUGUUGGUCCCAUGAGCACCAACAUUAGGAUUGCUCGAGCAACAGGACGUAUCUUGGCUGUGCUUUACAACCCAGAGGAUGAGUCAGAGCAUACAUUCAUCCCUAGGGUUCAGGACAUUGUCAAAUCUCUCUACGAGAUCUCUCAGGAGAUUCCUUCAGACUCAGUGACGGACGUAUACAACUUGGGUCGAGACCAAUCUUUGAGAACAACUGCUUCGCUACAUCUGAUGCUCUUCCAGGCGACCAUACUUACGAUUCGGCCAAUCAUGCUGCAUGCUGCGAAACUCAUACUCAGUGGACACGGCCCUACGGGCGAGCAGCUGCACGCUUCACCACUAGGUAGACUCUCGCGAACAUGCGCAGAGGCUGCAAGACGUCAGCUCAAAGUAGUUGCUACACUGAGGAAGCGAAAUAUGAUCGCAAUCUUUGGCUUCUACGACUUUGAGGCUUCUUUCUCAGCUGCAUUUAUCAUGAUUCUUGCAGCGAUUCUGGACUCAGUCUGCGAGGAGAAGUUGAAGAUUAGUCCCAAACCUGGACUCACCCAGGCGUUAGAGGAACUCCAACAUCUUGCCGACCACGGCAAUACAUAUGCUCGUGAAAGACUACACGAGGUGAAGAGAUUAUGGAAAGUGAUGGCACAAAAGAUCGAGGCCCUGCAAGUUGUCAACGUAUCUCCUCAAGGACCAAACGCCGAUACCCAGAGGGUGGCACAUUCCAACGGCGCGACACCUGCUGCUUUUGGUGACGCAGGAUCACAACAAAACGGGCUACUUCCAGGAUCCCACGGACAAACCUCGCCAGAAGAUUUCCAUCUUUUGGACACUGGUCUGUGGGAUAACUUUUCGAACCUCUGGGUCCCCAUGCCCGAGGCCACAGAGGGAGAUCCGCAGCAGGAGAUAAUGAUGGCGGAUAUUCCGACAGACGACUUUUUCAAGCAUUGCUAUUCUAUGUAUAAUAACCCGGACUGGGAUCUUACCGGUGAGGAUGUCGGGGAUUUUGCGGAGCUUGGGAGACAUAUUCAGGAUGUGUGA